UAUAAGGGUAUAGCUAUAUGGAUCUACAAAACAAAUGUCCUUGGGUAAAAAAAAACACACAUUUGAGGCCUGAAAAUAACUGACUUUUGAGUGAAAUUUACCAGAAACGGAAAGUAAAUGAUUCAAUUGUAUUACAAUGCCUCUCUAGGCCAUUUCCUAGAAUUGGUGAUUACAAUCUAUGGUCCAAAUCCCACUGUGAAAUUACGUCUGACUGAUUAAUUUCCUCUCUUCUAUAUUUUGUUAGCUUAUGUGCACAGUUGAGGACCUGAAAGAGAUGGGCAUUCCAUUGGGGCCAAGGAAGAAAAUUGCUAAAUUUGUCAAAGAAAGAGCAAUUAAGCAGGCAGCACAAGAUAAGAAGGCAGCAGAAGUGAAGGUGGCCAGUCAAGAGGUCGUCCCCGCCCAAUUAAGUGAGUCCCUCCCAGGGCCCGGCACCACGAAGCUUCCUGUUGGCGGGACUUACUCGUCCGUCCAUGUGGAUUACAACUACUUCAAAGUUGGCACUGGACAGGUGUCGGUGGUGUACCACACUCUGGACUUUGAACCGGUGAAUUUCUUUGCCCUGGGAUCUCCCAUAGGGAUGUUCCUCACAGUGCGAGGGCUGGAGAAGAUUGAGGAAAACUACCAGCUACCCACCUGCAAGGGGUUCUUCAACAUUUACCAUCCGCUGGACCCAGUUGCUUACAGGAUUGAGCCCAUGAUCCUGCCAGACCUGGACUUGAAACCUGUUCUGAUUCCACAUCACAAAGGGAGGAAGAGGCUGCAUCUCGAGCUGAAGGAGAGUCUCUCCCGCAUGGGUUCAGACCUGAAGCACGGCUUCAUCAGCUCCCUGAAGAGUGCCUGGCAGACCCUCAACGACUUUGCCCGUGCUCACACCUCCAAUGCCCAGCUGGCAGCCGAGCUCGCUAUGGUGGCCAAUCAGAUCAAGGAGGAGGAGGAGAAGCAUGCACACAGUGAGGUCGCAGAACACAGGAUAGUGGAGAGUCCUGAGCUGCUGAGAGAAGAAGAGCCCCAGGUGAUAAUAGGCAUGCUGAACGGGGGGAACCGCAUCGACUACGUCCUACAGGAGAAGCCCAUCGAGAGCUUCAACGAGUACCUCUUCGCCCUGCAGAGUCACCUGUGCUACUGGGAGUCUGAAGAUACAGCCCUACUACUCCUGAAAGAGAUCUACAAGACCAUGGGGAUAAACCCAGAACAGAUUUUACAUUAAUGCAACGGAUUGGUAACCUGGUGGAACCACCCUGAUUGCUGCGUUCAUUCCGUUUCACUGCACGUAAGUGAAAUAGAAUGGUGAAUGCAGUGAUCAGGCCGGUUCCACCAUGUUAAUGGAUUGGUUGGAGUGAAAAAUAAACCUUUCUGAAACCCUCAUACUCCCCAUCAGGUUUGUCCAUGUCAAUGAUUUUUGAUUUGAUAUUGUAUAUGGUUCUUUGUUAGUAUUCAUUGAUUCUCAUAGUCUAUUGUAUGAGGAUGAAUAUGCUUGUAAUAUGCCCUUUGUCUUAAAUUAAGAAAAUAGAUCAAAUUAGUGGAUUGAUUCCAAGGACCACUUUACUUGUUUGAAAUCAAAUUUUUAUAGCCUAAAUUAUAGAAAUGGUGAGGUUUGCUGAACUAUAUGAAAUUAAACAUUUACAAGAGAAAUCACAGAAACUGCUAAUUUAAGUAUUUACCUCAAAUGUAUUUUAUGUUUAACAAUAGCCGUAAAAUAAACCAUUUACUUUCACAUUA